AUGCAGCGCGCGCAGUUCGACGAGGAGCUUGACCUCGGCCCAUCCCUUCAUGAUGCCGGAACAGGAGCAGAGCUGCCCUCCUCGUCCUCCCCUCUGGAGUCUCUCCUCAACAUCGAUGACGCUCUUAACGAUGCUAGGUUUGAUGAGAUCGCCGUCGAUGACUUGCACAACGACGAUUCCAUCUUCAGAUUUCUCAACGACUACACACAGGAGGAGGAGCAGACUGUGAUCAGACAAGUCAAAAUUGACGAAUACAGGUUGGUGCUUGACAUGGGAGAGAAGCGUCUAGAACAUCGCUUUGUCGAGAAGGCCUCUGCACAGGGUGGGCGUGUGAAGUUGGAGAGGAUCGACUACUCUGGAGCCAGCAAGCAACAAGCGAUUGAGGAGAGGAGGAUGGUGUACGCGUACGAGAACAGCUACUGGCAGCUGUGUGAGGUCGAGGUCGUGAUCGAGCCCUCAGUGCCAGGGCAGCGACCCGGCACCAAGGACAUCCAUGAGAGCUUCAACAAGAUCGCACGCGCCGUCAAGACUGAGGUGCAGCAGUGCGGGAAGGAGAAGAGAGCGCACGACAUGAGCCGGUCGGACUACAGCAACGACGUGUCGAACAUGACGCUGCAGGGCGGGCUGAUGACCAAGGUCACCAAGGGCAAAGGGGACAACCUUGUCAACGAUUUCAAAGCGUCCUUGUUCUUGGACAGGCACGACGGUCAGUACAAGGUGUUGCUUGUGCACUGCAAGGAGGCAGUGGAAAAGUACGAUGCUAUCAAAGAGAAGGCGAAAGCUCGUUCGCGGAAGAGGAGGGGGACUACCGGAAGCGAGCAGGAGGAGGGGCUGGGAUCAGCGAAGCGCGCUCGUGCUGAGCCUUGA